AUGCUAGAAGAAGGUACAAGGAUCACGAUGGCUAACGGUCAGUCAAUGAACAUUAGUGAAAUAAAGCGAGGGGUUUCUGUUUUAUGCUCGGACGGUUCGAUUACUACAGUGGAGCACAUCUCAAAGGAUGUUCAAACCACAUACCAAAUUCUCCAGAAAACAAAGCAUCGCGCUAAUGAAGGUGAAGCUGGAAAAGUUGAUCCUCUCAGAAAAACGGUUUAUCAUAGACUAGGAUUUAGAUGCACUUUGGCUCAUGAAUUGGGACUGAGAACUGCCUCAAAGCCAAUAUUAGAAAACUCUUUCAAGAGAAACACUUACAAAGUUAAAUGGAAAAACCUUGAAGAAAUGUUGACUUUUGAUGGCAGGAUAAUUUGCAUUCCCAAAACACACCAUAAAGACUUCUCCAUGAGUUUCGAAGGUAGAUUACAGGCUACAAGAUUUAUGGAAGAAAAAGAAAAGGAAUACGGUGUAUUUCUCGAGUUUAAGAUUCAAGUCAGAGAUUUGGAUCUUUUAGAAGCCCAAAUACGCUCGAACUCAUUCUUAAGAUUCAAUCCUGUUUUGACAGGCAACGGAGUCCUUUCUGAAUACUUGACCGGCCAAAAACAUCUUAUCAGCCCGUCUGUUUUGAGUAUGGCCUGGCUAUUAGGUUUAUGGCUGGGUGACGGCACGACGAAAGAACCAGAAAUAAGUGUAGAUAGUCUUGACACUGGUUUAAUGGAGGGUCUAAUCGAAAGGUGCAGAAUGUGGGGAAUUUAUCCCAGUUAUAAAGACGAACAAGUGCCACUCAGAGCCAAGCAUGUAAAACUGUAUUUUGGCAGCGAAGCAGGUGAAAACCGCAGGACGAGACAUCUCAGAAAGAACAAUCCUUUUUGGAAUACGGUAUUGAAUUUAAAAUUUAAAAGAGAAAUGGAUGGUGAAAAACAAGUUCCUGUAUUCAUGUGGAGCGAAGAUUUAAAAGUUCGCGAAGCAUUUUUAGCUGGUCUAAUUGAUUCUGAUGGAUAUGUUAUAAAGAGAAAAGAAGGUCCCGAUGCCUACAAGGUAGCAGUUCAAACCAUAUAUCCCUCCAUUAUGAACGCAAUAGUACAUAUUUCACGUUCGCUAGGUAUCGCCGUUACUAUCACUACAAGAUCAGCAAGAUCAGAAAUGAUAGAGGGUAGAAAGGUAAAUUGCCAUUUUACCUAUGACUGCACUAUAGCAGGGCGGACCCCCUUACAGAAUGUUCUCUCAAAUUGUCGUAGUGGCCACAAAAUGAGAUCAAGACCACAAAGUGUCUCAAGAGACCCCAUUUAUUUUGGAUUUACUGAAGAAAAGAGGGGUCAAAAUACUGUCUAUAGUCUCAGAACGGAUUCUGGUAAGCCAAUAUUGCUGGACAAUAAACUUGCGGUCCACGCGUGCGGAGAUCAUUGUAUCGAAGAGCAAGCAAAAUUCACGACAACUAAGUGUCUCAAAUACUGUAUUGCAUGCCCUAGAAAGGGUGUUAGAUAUUUUUAUCGAGAUUGGAGUGGGAAAAAUCGUCUAUGCGGACGUUGCUACGGUCGCUAUAAAUUUAGUGGCUAUCGAUGUCUAAGUUGUAGUUACGUUCCUGAAGCGAGAGAAGUUCGCAUCGCAAAAAGACGGGGCGAAGAACUGCGAGUUGCGUCAGAUGGUACCACUAUUGGCGGCCUAAUAUGUGGGAGAUGUAAUGGGAUAUUAAAGUUUGACGAAAUUAGAGGUCCCAGAAAAGUCAUUGAAUCGCUUUCAACACCGCUUGGACUCGUUCCUGUCGUAGAAAGCUGA